AUGCUCUCUGGUUUCAUACCCUCUGUUCCACGAGAUUUGCUUUUGCUAGAAGGCAUCGAUUUCAAUUUCAAUUUCAAUAAUCUUAGUGGUCAUAUCCCAGAAGAUAUGUUCGAUCAUCUUCCAAAUUUGAAAGAAUUGGCUUUGAGUGUUAACCUGCUUUCUGGUAGAAUUCCUGCCAGUCUAUUCAAGUGCAAAGAGUUACAAAAGUUAUCUUUAUCGUAUAACCAAAUGGAGGGGAGUUUACCAAUAGAAAUUGGGAAUUUGAGUAUGCUUCAAUCCAUCUAUAUUGGUCGGAACCACUUUGAAGGAAAUCAGCUCUCUGGCCAUCUUCCAUCAAACAUGGGCCUUUUCCUUCCAAAAAUGGAGGAAUUAUAUCUUGGUGUCAAUCACCUUGUCGGCUCGUUCCCAAUGUAUAUUUCCAAUGCCUCUCAGCUCACUCUUCUUGACAUGUUAUUGGAACCCACCCAUUGUUUGAAAAGUCAAAAAAGGAUUCAGAGGCUACCAGAUUAUGGUAUAUACGAUUGGGACAUGCUGGUAAAAAAGCUUUGCAGACUUUGGCGAAGCAAGACGAGGGUAAAAUUUGGUCCAGCAAUUCACAAUACAAAAAGAAUUCUGGACUACGUUCACAGUGAUGUGCGGGGACCUACCAAAGUGGCUUCUUUGGGAGAAAAGAUGGUGGAGACUCAGACUGGUCGAAAGGUCAAACGACUUCGAUUAGAUAAUGGCACUGAGUAUAAAAAUGAUCCAUUUCUACAAGAUAAUACACUUGGUAAAGGUGUUAUUGAGUACAUUGAUUCUGACUAUGCCGGUGAUUUGGACAAGCAAAGAUCAACCAUCGGUUAUAUGUUUACACUUGCUGGAGGACCAAUAAGUUGGAAGUCUACACUACAGUCUACAGUUACAUUGUCAACCACAGAAGCCGAGUACAUGGCUGUAACAGAGGCUGUAAAGGAGGCUAUUUGGUUACAAGGCUCCAUUCCUGAUAAUCUGGGCAAUCUAAGAAAUUUAAAGAUUCUCAACCUGGAGAAUAAUAAUUUAACUUCCUCGGGAAUGAGCUUUCUCUUUUCUUUGACAAACUGUAGAGUCUUGGAGAAAUUUAUUUUCAAUCGCAACCCAUUUAUUAGUGCUGAACUUCCAAGAGUGGUAGGAAAUCUCUCAAGUUCUCUUGAACUAUUCUCUGCUUAUUCAUGCAACAUCAAGGGUAGCAUCCCCAGUGAAAUUGAAAACUUAAGUCACUUGAUAGACAUUGAGCUAGGAGGGAAUAAAUUGAUAGGACCAAUUCCUACUACAAUUGGAGGAUUGCAAGAGUUGCAAAGUCUUUCUUUUGAGGACAAUAAGUUAGAAGGAUCCAUCCCAUCUGAGUUAUGUCAUCUAAACAAAUUGGCUUUCUUGUUCUUCACCAAUAACAAAUUGUCUGGACCAAUACCUGCUUGCUUAAGUGAUCUCACUUCAUUAAGGCAACUAUUUCUAGACUCCAAUGUGUUUUCCUCCUCAAUACCUUCUACGUUGACAAGGCUUAACUAUCUCCUCAUCCUAUACUUUUCUUCAAAUUCUCUAAGUGGUCCACUGCCAAUUGACAUUGGAAAAUGGAAAGUUUUGACUAGUUUGGAUUUGUCGAACAAUCAGUUCUCAGGUGAUAUCCCAAAUGGAGUUGCAGAUCUUAAGGACCUCACUCAUUUUUCCUUAUCCAAUAAUAGAAUCAUGGGUUCUAUUCUUGAGUCUUUUGAUGAAUUGUUGAGUUUGGAAUUCUUGGACAUGUCAAGAAAUAAUCUAUCUGGAGAGAUUCCCAAAUCUUUAGAGAAACUCUGUUAUCUCAAAUAUUUCAAUGUCUCUUUCAAUAGACUUGAAGGAGAAAUUCCUGAAAGAGGAUCAUUUGGAAACUACUCAAUCGAAUCAUUUAAGGGGAAUGAAGCCUUGUGUGGCGCAGCUCGACUUCAUGUUCCAAACUGCAAAACUCGACCUCUUAGAAAUUCCAAGGCAAAAACUAAGUUGAAGCUCAUAAUAUAUAUAGCUCUGCCAAUUGCCUCCACAAUUUUGGUUGUGGCUCUGAUAAUCAUUAUCUUACGAAACAAGAGGAGGAAAGACAAAUUGCCAACUCAAGAAGACAUGAUACCUUUAGGAACGUGGAGACGGUUUUCAUACCACGAGCUUCGUCAAGCUACUGAUGGAUUCAAUGAUAGUAGGUUGCUUGGUAAUGGAAGUUAUGGUUCAGUAUUCCAAGGGGCUCUCUCGAAUGGGACAAUAAUUGCGGUAAAGGUUUUCAAGUUAGAGUUAGAAGGAGCUUUUAAGAGCUUUGAUGUUGAAUGUGAUGUUCUCCGCAACACUCGUCACAGAAAUUUAGUCAAAGUAAUAAGCAGUUGCUCUAAUGAUCUUAAUUUCAAAGCGUUGGUGCUUGAGUUCAUGCCUAAUGGGAGUCUUGAUAAAUGGCUGUAUUCCACCAACCAAUAUUUGGAUAUCCUACAAAGGUUGAACAUAAUGAUAGAUGUUGCAUCUGCAUUGGAAUAUCUCCAUCACGGCAAUGCAACACCCGUGGUUCAUUGUGAUUUAAAACCCAACAAUGUCCUAUUAGAUGAAGAUAUUGUUGCGCAUUUGAGUGGUUUUGGCAUCGCGAAACUCUUAUGUGAAGAGGUUUCAAUGAUACAAACUAUGACAAUGGCAACAUUUGGAUAUAUGGCACCAGAAUAUGGAGUCGAAGAAAUUGUUUCGACAAAAGAUGAUGUGUAUAGCUUUGGUAUUCUUUUGAUGGAAAUCAUCACAAGAAAAAAGCCCACAGAUGAAAUGUUUGCAGGAGAAAGAAGCUUGAAGAGUUGGGAUUGGCGGAGUCAAAGGCGAAUGUUUGGGCUUUUUGCCAUUUUGGUGCGAGAGGGGGCAGACAUCGGGCAAGGUGCCUGCUGCGGAGGCACAUGGGGUGGCCAGAGGGUGCAGCGCUGGAAGCCACUUAGGGUUUCUGUUUAG